AUGAGUGCAGCCGAGUUGGCCCAAAACGUCCACAGUGACGGGUUUGUCGUCCUAUCGGGAGAGACGUAUAAAGUCUCUCCGUCCGUUGUGGAACUCGUUCGAGCUCAGGUACUUCAGCGGUAUGAAGACUUUCUGACUGAAGCUGCCAACCAAAAGCUCGACUUGACCCUUUGUGAACAUUCUGAGCGUCUAUCGGGUUUCUACGUGCGUCAAGGAGGUCGAAUCGACAUGCAAUUGAGCUCUUCAGCUUCCCAGCCCCAUUGUUUGAAAAGCGAUACAAUAGCGACCAUACGGUCUGUGGACAUGAAUCAAAUCAAUGCCAUGACUGGCAUUUGGCAAUCAGUGCUCAAACAGGUCUUUGCACCUGACGGAUUUCAACUCGAGUACGUUGGCUGUGUGCUCUCAAGACCAGGAGACGCCGAUCAGAAUUGGCAUUUAGAUGGCGUUCACCGGAAUCAGCAAGUCCAAGAACCUGUGGAUCGCCUCAACGUGUUUGUCCCGCUAGUAGCCAUCACAGACCAGACUGGAGGCACCGAGAUGAAGACUAGGUCGCAUCUUCAUGAGGACGGAGCUCUUGGGACGGCUUUUGAAGGUUACACACACUUGCCAAGUGUUACAGCACGUGUUGAUACGGGGACACCUAUCAUCAUGGACUACCGCGUAUGGCACCGAGGUUUGGCGAACACGAGUCAAACCACUGUGCGUCCUCUGCUCUACUUCAAAUACGCCAGGAUGGUAGCACGUGCGGCAACGAAGGACUCAGCAGCAGCUCUGACAAAAAAGAGGAAGAGAAUCACGCCAACGGUAGUUUGA